UGAGGAGAGCUCUUCCGUCUUUUCCCCUGGGACCUGAACGCAGCACCGGGUCCGACACACCACGCUGCCAACAGAUCACAGUUAGCAAAACUUUUUAGUUUUUUACAUGUUGUUUUUUCAGAUGGUUUGUCGGGGGUCAUGAAAUCAUAAGAAUGUCCACAGAGGAAAGGCAGGAGGCCAGCAGGUCACCAGAUGUAAAGAUUCAAACACCAGAGGCCCCGCCACCCUGUGGCCCCACAGGUCUUUUGCAGCCCCCAUCCUCUGUGUCUGUGGUGUCUAUGGCUGACAUCGUCCACGUCCCACCAAAACUCACCACCUGUGGCCAAGCCGUCCAACCAGCAGGUACACUCCCAAAGGUGACGAGCGCAGGGCCUCCACCCACGCCCCCUCCUGUUCUGGUGGUCGCUAAAGUGGGAACUCCAGGCCGAAGUGCCGGCGGGCAGCCACAGUUCACCAAGCUGCCUGUGACCCAGAUCGCCCCCGUGUCCCGGACCCCGACCCCGGCCUCGGGACGGACUCUGGUGAUAGCCGUACCGAGGACAACGGCUCCGCAGCCGGUUGCUGUGGCCCCCCGGCUGCCACAGACCACCACCCAGCAGCUCCCAGCCAAUAUCCAGAUCCCAUCAGGGAUGGUGUUGAUCCGCAGUGACAGCGGGCAGCUGAUGCUGGUAUCCCAGCAGGCUUUGGCUCAGGCCCAGCAGGCGCCAAGAGCCACCAGCACUCAAACACCCGGACUGCUCGCCCCUCAGGUGCCUGCAACAGCUACAUGUAAAAAGCCAGAGAAGCUGACGGUGGUCAGGUUGGCCGCCCCUCCAAGCCUCCAGCCGGCGCCACAGAAGCCUCCUGUGGUGAAGGUUGUUGGUGUAGCCCCCAAGCCUGCAGUCGUCCAGACAGUUAGCCAGCCUGGCACCCAGACAGGCGUUAAGGAGGGCAGCAAGCUGAAGGAGCCGCCACCCAAAUUCAGUCAGGAAACCCUGGACAAUGUGAAGAAGUGCAAGAACUUCCUGGUGACUCUGAUCAAACUGGCCUCCAGCGACUCCCAGUCGGCUGAUAUGGCCAAUAACGUCAGAGGGCUGGUCAGGAGUCUGCUGGAAGGGAGCCUCGAACCAGAGGAGUUUACCGAACAACUUUACCGUGAAUUAAAGUCGACUCCACAGCCCUUCCUGGUGCCGUUUCUCAAGAAAAGUCUCCCCGCGCUGCGACACCUCACCGUGGACGCCCAGUUCUUCGUCCAGCAGACGUCCACCCCCGGCAGCAAACCAGCCGCCCCGUCCGGCACCACCAAGCCCUCCGGCUCCCCCAGCCCAGGCCCGAGCCGGCAGCCCGCCCAGCUGGUGUUCCAGCAGCCGAGAGGAGUGACUUUAAGACCUGCAGCGAUGAGCUCAGCCCAGUCCCGAAUAUUCACAUCUAAAACCGCCAGAGGCACAACCAGACACAUGGUGAUCCAGUCAGGAAGUUUUGCUUUGAAGCGGCCUCUCGACCCACCUCCCUCCGCCACAUUUCCACUCAAGAACAGUUCAGGAUCCUACAAAGAGGACGAUGACAUUAACGAUGUGACCUUCAUGGCUGGAGUGAACCUCCGAGAGGAGAACGCUCGGAUCCUCACCUCCGUGGUCGGCUCGGUGGUGCAGUCGUGUCAGGAUCAGCUCUUCCUGUCGCCCAGCCCGCUGCUCAGCCGCAUCCUGCACACAGGAGAGCCUCUGGGAGUGACUGAUGUCGGCCCAGACGUCGUCGCUCUGGUUUCUCACGCCACCCAGGAGUGUCUGCGAGGGCUGCUGCACAAACUCAGCACCAUGGCCGAGCAUCGCAAGGCAGCACUGAAGGAGGACCUGUGGCACACAGCAGUGAGUGAUGUUCGCUCUCAGCUUCGCUUCCUGGAGGACGUGGAGGCUGUGAAGAAGAGGAGGAGAGAUGAAGAGGAGAGAGAGCGGUUGCUGCGCCUGGCCAGGAGUCGCUCUCACACCGAGGAUCCUCUGCAGCAGCAGCUGAAGCAACGGGCCAAAGAGUUACAGCAAAUAGAAGCAGCUCAGCUUCAACACAGGGAGGCCAACCUCACCGCUCUGGCUGCCAUCGGUCCUCGUAAGAAGAAAGUCCAGGAGCUGACAGGGAGCCAGGCAUCAGUGUUACCCAGGCCGGGUGUUAAGAGGGUGACUCGGGUCACAUCCAGGGAUCUGCUGCUGUGUAUGGAGCAGGAGCGCUUCCUUCGCCGCUCCCUCACUCUGUACAAAGCAAUGCUGUGAGAACCUCAACGCACCGCUGCUGCAGCCGUCUCUGUGACUGAAUGAAUGCAUCUUGAAUUUCUGUUUGUUUACAAGAUUCUGAGCGCCUUUGUGUUUUCAAAGAUUCCUUUUAUUUUACACCUCAGAUUUCUGUGUUUUAUUUAUGUAUUUUAUUGCACUUUCUGUUUCCUGAUGUAUCCAGAAACUGUACCUGUGUUAAUUAGCUGUUGAAUAUAUGGUUUGGAGUCUCAAACAGCAGUUAGUUUGUUCACUGGAACAUUGUUUAUAUUUUUGGUUUGGAUGUUGGUUAUGUUCUUUCCAAAAGACAAAGAUUCUCAGGUUGUUGAAGAAUGAAAACCUGAAUUAAACAGGAAUAUAACAAGCA